AGGUGGUUCUGAUGUGGCUGUGGAAUGGGAAAAUCCCAUUCCCACCAGUGAACCAGCUGGUGCCAGCAAAGCACUUCAAGGGGGCCUGUGCAGGCUCUGGAAAGGUCCGAUGGUUCCUAUUAAUAAAAACAUUAGUGGUAGCCGCUUGCAUAUCAUCCCCCGGGAGGAAUGGCCCCCAGUUGGCGGUCGUGUGGGGUGCCGGGACUGGGACCCCGUGCCUGUCCGUAGAAUUCCCAGGCAGCGCCGUGCCUCUCUGGAAAAGAGGCCGACUUCCGGGAGGAAUUCCCCUGACUCCCAGCCCCACCACCCCCAUCUCUAAGGCUUUCUUUUCCUUGGCAAAUGGUCGUUAAGAGGAGAAGCCCUUGACCCGUCUGGAAAAACCACAUGUCUGAAAUCUUUGAGGGUGUACUGGAAUCCCUGCUCGUAUUUGUCUUUCUCUGGUGGAGCUGCAAGAAUCUGCAGCGCCUUCCGAAGACCGCAGGCCUUGUGGCUCCAGAGUUUGGUGCAGAUGAAGAAGAAAUAAAGGAUUUGGACCCAGAUUGGAGUAAGAAGAGAAAAGAAGAGAAUCUAAGAACUCCAGUGGCAAAAUUGCCUCCAGGGAGUUUUAAAGAAGGGCCAGACAGGGUCACAGAGGUGCUUCCAAAGACUGACUUUUUGUACUUCGACGACCUCAGCAUGCAUUACGGGGGCGUCCUAGGGUUGCGGAUUUCCAUUCUUUUCCUUUCACAUCUAUGCUCAGGACCCGGAAGAGCAGGGCCUAGAGAUGCACUAUCCCAUAUGGUGAAAGAGCUCGUCCUGGACAACUGCCGGUCAAUCGAAGGCAAAAUCGAGGGCCUCACAGAUGAAUUUGAAGAACUGGAGUUCUUAAGUACAAUCAACGUAGGCCUCACCUCAGUCGCAAACUUACCAAAGUUAAACAAACUUAAGAAGCUUGAACUAAGCGAUAACAGAAUCUCAGGGGGCCUGGAAGUAUUGGCAGAAAAGUGUCCGAACCUCACGCAUCUAAAUUUAAGUGGCAACAAAAUUAAAGACCUCAGCACAAUAGAGCCACUGAAAAAGUUAGAAAACCUCAAGAGCUUAGACCUUUUCAAUUGUGAGGUGACCAACCUGAACGACUACCGAGAAAACGUGUUCAAGCUCCUCCCACAGCUCACGUAUCUCGACGGCUACGACCGGGAUGACAAGGAGGCCCCCGACUCAGACGCCGAGGGCUAUGUGGAGGGGCUGGACGACGAUGAGGAGGACGAGGAUGAGGAAGAGUAUGAUGAAGAUGCUCAGGUAGUGGAAGACGAGGAGGAUGAAGAGGAGGAGGAGGAAGGAGAAGAGGAGGACGUGAGUGGAGAAGAAGAGGAGGAUGAAGAGGGUUAUAACGAUGGGGAAGUAGACGACGAGGAAGACGAAGAAGAUGUUGGUGAAGAAGAAAGGGGUCAGAAGCGAAAACGAGAACCUGAAGAUGAGGGAGAAGACGAUGACUAAGUGGAAUAACCUAUUUUGAAAAAUUCCUAUUGUGAUUUGACUGUUUUUACCCAUACCCCCCCCCCGAAAUCCCGCCCCCCGAAACUUAUUUUUUUCUGAUUGUAACGUUGCUGUGGGAACGAGAGGGGAAACGUGUACUGGGGGUUGUGGGGGGAGGGAGGGCGGGAGGGGGUGGAAUAAAAUACUAUUUUUACUGCCACUCUUUAUUUUUUUCCCCUACUUUUUCUUUGUGUCUGGUUUUGUCCCUGUAAAUGCGAUAGCUAAGGUACACACCAAGUGAGCAUUUGUUUCUUACUCUCAAAGAGGAUGGUUUGGAGGGCUCUUCUGUCUCCUGGUACUUCCGGAGUCUCUGGAGUCAGUUGGAAGGUCGUGGCUGGCCUCCGUUUGGUUUCUCGAAGCCCAGAAGGCGCUGAGCACCAGCCACGUCUUACCUCUUGUGCUCGUUCCCGUGAUUUCUGCAUUUCUUGGGCCUGCUAGAGGCAUCCAACGCCCUGGUUUGUAAAUAGCAACCUAAAGGCGUAUUUUGGCACUGGUUGGGGGACAUUCCCCGUCUCUCAUUCCUUUCCCUCUUCACAGAUGGUGGUGGGCUUUGCUCUGUGAAGAAGACUGUGGCGUCACUCUUCAGAGCUAUGAGCCAGAGAGCCGAAAACAGCAGGCUUAUGGGUUAUGAGUAGAACGGAUUCGGUCAUGACAAUUAAAAGAGAAGAAGCAAACCCUCAAACUUCAACCUCUUUAAAAUAAGAUUAAGGAAACACAAAACUGUCCUAUCUUGUUCUGUAAAAUACUCGAACGCCUUGUUUUACAAAAAAUGACCAGAGAAUUCUUCCACGUGUCCUUCUGUGCUUAGACCGUUUUUACAAACCUAGGCACGGGAGGCAGUGCUGCAUGUCGGCUGGGUUUUUUUUUCAUACACCCGAGCACGGAUAAACUAACGCAAAAUUGUAUUUUCUUACCUAGUGGAAAUCUGAAAUGACUGCAAAUUCCUAGUGAGUGUACAGGUUUGCUUUCGUGUCCCCCUUCUGGAUUGCUUUAGAAGUGACGUGUUCUUUCCUAGCCCGCGUUUCAUCUGUACAAAAGAACAUCUGCACCGGUUUUUCUCCUCCCCCUCAGAAGAGCCAAACUUUGAGUUUUAUGUCUGUUUGUCAUUGAUAAAUUUCAAUAAAUCUUUUUAUACAAUUU